CGAGCACAUAAGCUCUAUUCGCACUCUCCACCCUUCAUAUUCUUUGCUCCGGUUAGCUCACCUUACCUCGCAAAGAUGCAGCAGUGCGUUGGCCGCUCCGUCCGCGCUCCGUCCAGCAGGGCGGUCGCGCCCAAGGUCGCUGGCGCUCGUGUCAGCCGCCGCGUGUGCCGCGUCUAUGCCUCCGCUGUUGCUACCAAGACGGUGAAGAUUGGCACGCGCGGCUCGCCCCUGGCUCUGGCCCAGGCUUACAUGACUCGCGACCUGCUGAAGAAGAGCUUCCCUGAGCUGAGCGAGGAGGGUGCUCUGGAGAUCGUGAUCAUCAAGACCACCGGUGACAAAAUCCUGAACCAGCCCCUGGCUGACAUCGGUGGCAAGGGUCUGUUUACCAAGGAGAUCGAUGAUGCUCUGCUGAGCGGCAAGAUUGACAUCGCCGUGCACUCCAUGAAGGACGUGCCCACCUACCUGCCCGAGGGCACCAUCCUGCCCUGCAACCUGCCCCGCGAGGAUGUGCGCGAUGUGUUCAUCUCGCCUGUCGCCAAGGACCUGAGCGAGCUGCCCGCCGGCGCCAUUGUGGGCUCGGCCUCGCUGCGCCGUCAGGCCCAGAUCCUGGCCAAGUACCCCCACCUCAAGGUGGAGAACUUCCGCGGCAACGUGCAGACCCGCCUGCGCAAGCUGAACGAGGGCGCCUGCUCCGCCACCCUGCUGGCUCUGGCCGGUCUGAAGCGCCUGGACAUGACUGAGCACAUCACCAAGACCCUCAGCAUUGACGAGAUGCUGCCCGCCGUGAGCCAGGGCGCCAUUGGCAUUGCCUGCCGCACCGACGACGGCGCCAGCCGCAACCUGCUGGCCGCCCUGAACCACGAGGAGACCCGCAUCGCCGUGGUGUGCGAGCGCGCCUUCCUGACCGCCCUGGACGGCUCUUGCCGCACCCCCAUUGCCGGCUACGCGCACAAGGGCGCCGACGGCAUGCUGCACUUCAGCGGCCUGGUGGCCACCCCGGACGGCAAGCAGAUCAUGCGCGCUAGCCGCGUGGUGCCCUUCACGGAGGCGGAUGCCGUCAAGUGCGGCGAGGAGGCCGGCAAGGAGCUCAAGGCCAACGGCCCCAAGGAGCUGUUCAUGUACUAAGCGCAUUACUUGACACAGCGCGUUGAGUACUAGCAGCGGCGCCGCUGACGUCACCGGCAAUGGUGUGCGUGUGCGGCAACGUGACCAGCAAUGGUGUGCGUUUGAAGGCAAAGCGGCGGAGCAGCAGCAGCAGCUGGAAGAGCAGCAAUAGCAGCGGCGCAACGGCGGCAGUGCGGCAGCAUGAGCGGGUCUGACUUCAGGGCCAGCGGAGCACCGCAGUUUUCAUACCUGUCAUCGCUAGCGGUGCCUGUGAUGUUUGUGCCUGGUUGCUGCCGCGUAUUGCCGUGUAUGGUGGGAGUGUGCCCCUGAGUUCUGAAUAAGAGAGCGAGCGGGCGGAUGGGCCUCGAGAGGGAGGGGCCACAGAGGCGAGAGUAGAAACCCUGACGAUGUUGCAAAGAUAUAGUUGACGCUUUUGACUUGACGCGUGUGUGAGAGCGUGAUUGUUGUGUCUGGUGUAAAUUCACUUUUGACAUCUUGACCAAACUGACCUCUUCGACUGCAUGCAAUACAGCGUGGAUUGACGUGCGCGUGAGCGUGCUGGAAGAGGCAAAGGGUGUUGAUGCGGGCCCAGGAUGCAGUGCGCGCCGGGCCCCCGGACCCUUGCAGGUGCUAGUGUGUUUCAGGACGCCAGGUUUGGCUUGUGUGCACGAUCACGAGAGUGCUUCCAGUGAGCUUCGAUGUAGAGCGUGCCCCUGCGGGAGAGCGCGCAUGAGUCGCGUAGGUGCUUGGACUGCGGUGGUUUGCGGCAAACGCCCAAAUCCACCUCUUUGCACACGUGCGGGACGUGCACGGACAAGCAUGACGUUUGCAAGGACAUAGAUUGGAAGCAGCCUGACCGCCGGUGUACAGCCGCGCAUGUGUGUCGAUCGUGCGGCACCGACGUCCUGCUUCAUGCGUUCAAGCGGGGAGAAUAGGCUUGGGAUCUGGUAUCCCAACCAAGAUGUAAAUCGAAAGAAAC